AUGGAGGUUAUUCCGGUGGGACAGGACGGUUGGAACGAGAACAUCCGUCAGGCAACCCUGGACAUCCAAGAAACAGCUCCAACAACACCACAGCUCGAGCCGACCAUGAUUGGCGACGUCGCCCCGACAUGCACGAUACAGCAAUCUGACAGCGAGCUGGCAGCGCCAAACGGCACCACCUUGGGAUAUCCACCGACCCCUCCGCACACGCCGCCUUCCUCCUUCAGAUCUGUCGAACCCAUGACGGCGAGCCACAUCACCAUCAACCCAAGCGCAGACGCUCUUUCAACGCCUCUCUACCUGCCCUCACUCCCACGUACCCCGCCCCUUGGCUUCACAGCCCACCCACCUCCCAGGGACAUGUCGCCCAGCGCCAAACUCAUCUGCCUCUUUCGGUGGACGCACUUCUCCCCAAUCACCAGCGCGCCCUACCUGUCCCGCUCACCGCGCGAAAAGAACUUCUCGAUGUCCUGGAGUGACAGUGGAGCGACCGAUGCAGUGCUAGCCCAGUGGGUGAAGGAGAUGUGGUGGGGCGUUUGGGUGAGGCAGGCACAUGUCAACUAUGUGGGCAUGUGGAAGAGACGAUUCGAGAAAGAGGAUAGGAAGGCCAAGGAGGCGAAGGCGGAAAAGGAGAAGGCGAAAGUCGGGAUGAAAAUGAAGGAAAAGGCGCAGAUGGAGCUCGACGGUAGGAAGACGAAGAUCUUAGAGAGGCUGAGGGUGAUUAACGGGUGCUGA